UUAAAUUUCAGUCGGCAGUGUUGACUAUCGGCAUGCGACAUGAGUUAAACGUUUAUUUCAAUAAUAUUAAUGCUAGAGUUAUUUACUUAUUAAGAAUAAUUUGUGAUUGCAAUAAUGAUUCUCCGAAUCUCCGAUGAAUUAGUGAGACAAAAAUUUCAACGAAAUUUCUUUCAGUUUUUACCAGUACAAAAACAUUUGACUAAAUCCAGCAGUGCCGAUCACACAGUUUGUUUUCAAAAGCAAAAAGAAAAAACUUAUCGUGAUCACACGUUUGUAAAUAAUUAUGUUUUCAAAACAAUUAGUUGUUCGUCUGUAACACUUUGCAAAAAUUUUCAAAUUAGACAUAUAUCAAAUGAAACAAGUGUUCUAAAAAACAAUGAACAAUCACUGGAUAUCCAAAGUGAUAUUUUAUCUGAGGAAACUAUUGAUGCCAUGAUGACAUAUCUCCCUCCAAUGCUAAAAAAUAUAUCUAAUUGGAAAAUUGUUGAAUUAGCUCAGCAAUGUCUAUUAAAUGUCCAUGAAACAACAGGUUUACCAUGGUGGGCUUCGAUCAUCUUCACAGCUUUGAUUACUAGAACAUUAGUGACUCUACCUUUUUCUAUAAUAACUGUUCAGAAUACUGCAAAACUCAAGAAAGUCAAUAAAGAAAUGAAUGAAGUUGUAAAAAGACUAAAAGAAGAUGCCAAUUUUGCUUGUCAGUUUCGUCAUAUGCCAGAGCAACUUGUCAAGAAAGAAUAUGGAAAAGCUGUAUCAAGAGAAUAUAAAGAAAUGAUAGUUACAGAAAAUUGUCAUCCAGCUAAGAAUUUUAUCCUCAUCUGGGUACAGCUCCCACUCUGGUUUGCAUUUUCCUUUGCUACUAGAAAUUUAUGUUACAUGCUUCCAAAAGCAGAUUUUGCUGCUCAGGUAACAUUUAUAGAAAUGAGCGUAGGAGGCUUAGGAUGGUUUCCUAGUCUUGUUAUUCCGGAUCCUUAUAUGAUUUUACCAAUUGCACUGGGUCUCACAAAUAUAGCUGUUAUCGAAGUUCAUAGAUUAUUCAGAACAGAAACUCCAUCAAACCCAAGACUAGACAAGUAUGCCACUAAUUUUUUUAGAGUUAUAAGUAUAGUGAUGAUACCAAUUGCUAGUCUCUUACCUGCAGCAACGAAUAUCUACUGGUUAACAAGUAGUACAUUUGGCUUGGUGCAAGCCUUCAUCUUACAAUCACCAAAGCUUCGUCGCACAUGCGGUAUACCCUUAUUGGAAAAUGAUAAACAUCCGUAUCGUCAGUUCUAUAGUAAUCUCAAAUCGAAACUUAUUAUUCUCUAUGCUGAUCUAGUCAAUAGCGAGAUAAUGGCCUUCCCAGGCGACUGUACGAAGUACCAGCUCUGCGACGCGAGCGGUUGCUUCGUAUUUGAUUGUGCGCCCGGUACCGAAUUCAACCCCUUGGUGAGCGUCUGCGACUAUCCGCUAAGCGAUCGAGGAUCUUGCUCAGCGAUGAUGGCUGCUGCCGCGAGUGGAAUAGUCAAUGGAGUCGGCCCAGCCGUCAAUGGUCAACAAGUGGUAGGCAGUGGAAAUUGUCAGAAAUGUGCUGGAAGAGGCGGAGGUGGCAGUCAAAGACCUCAAAGUGAUAACGGUGCAAGUCCUCACGGCGCUGGAAAUCAAGGACCACAAGCUGGUCAUCCAUCUACCGGUGGUAUUCAGAAGCCGCAAGGAGGAGGUGGUGGUGGCUCUUUCAUUGGUGGUAAUCAAGGACCACAAGGUGGCCAUCCUUCCGGCGAUGGUUUUCAAAGACCGCAAAGCGCAGUUGGUGGUGGCUCUUUCAUGGGUGGUAAUCAAGGACCACAAGGUGGCCAUCCUGGCGAUGGUUUUCAGAGACCGCAAAGUGCACUUGGUGGUGGUUCUUUCAUGAGUGGUAAUCAAAGACCACAAAAUAGCCAUCCUUCCGGCAAUGGUUUUCAGAGACUGCAAAGUGCACUUGGUGGUGGCUCUUUCACGGGUGGUAAUCAAGGAUCACAAGGUGGCUAUCCUGGCGAUGGUUUUCAGAGACCGCAAAGCGCACUUGGUAGUGGCUCUUUCAUGGGUGGUAAUCAAGGAUCACAAGGUGGCCAUCCUUCCAACGGUGGUUUUCAGAAGCCGUAUAGCGGAGGUGGCGGUAGCACUUUCAUGGCUGGUAAUCACGGACCUCAAGGUGGCGGCGGUGGUGGCAACCCUUUCUUGCAAGGUGUUAGACCUAUGGGAAACCAAGGUGGCUUACCACCACCGAGUGGGCAUGCAUUCACUAGACCUGGCAACGGCGGUAGUGGUAGUCCUCAUUCUUCUGAUACGCAAAAUCAGCAGCAGACCUUAGUGCAGCCCAACGCUCAAGGUGGCAACUGCAGAGCAUGCCAAAACGGAGCUCCCCAUCGACCGUCGGGUGGAAUGGGUUUGACUGGUGGUGAUCCAUUCCCAGGACACAAAGGUCACAUGGGCGGUGGUAGUGGUGCUCCACAGAAACCGGCACCAUAUCCACCUGCACAUCAAGGCGGAGAGGGUGAUUACGAGGAUCCCGACGACAAUGGCGAGGACUACAACGACGAUAACAACGGUGCGGUGGCACCUCCACUCAAAAAAUACACUCCUCCACCGGGCAUCGGUGCUGGCGACAAUGGCAACACCAUUUUAAUGAACUACAGAAUUUUGAACAAAGUGGUGCUACAAAAUUUACGAUAUAGUCAAUGUCGUUAUCUGUCUGUACAACAGAAUAUUAACAAAUGUAGUAGCACUUAUCACACUGUUACUUUUCAUAAGAGAAAGGAAAUUCAUUCAUCUAGUUUUAUUUGUAUGAAAUUUUCGAAUAACAAAACUUUGUGCCAACCAACUUUACCAAUAUAUAAAUGUUUUCAAAGAAAUUUUUCUGGAACAUCACGAUUACAUCGAAUAAAAAAUCCUGACCCACUAAAAGAUAUUACUAAUGUUGCUCCUCCUCCCUCUGUAGAAAUAACACAAAAAACUACAUCAGAUCUCAUCUCACCUGACGUCUCUGAUAAUAUUUUGGUAGAAUAUUGUUUACAAUUUCUUAUGCAAGUACAUGAGGCUACUGGAUUACCAUGGUGGGCUUCGAUUGUGCUUACUACAUUUCUCAUUAGAACAAUCAUAUUACUACCUUUUUCCAUAACACAGAUACGUGUUUUGGCUAAAUUAGAAAAGGUAAAUAUAGAGGCAGAAAAGGUCAAUAAACUAUUAAAAAAAGAGUCUGUGAUAGCUCAAAGAAAUUAUGGUUGGCCCGAGGAUCUUGCAAAUCAAAAAUAUGAAGAAGCAAAAAAAGAAGCUUGGUGGAAUUUGGUGAAAAAAGAAAAUUGUCACCCAAUGAAGACAUACUUUCUUCUAAGCAUGCAAUGUGUCACAUGGAUUUCUAUGACAACUGCAACAUAUAUUCUGUGUCAUCCUAUUUUUAUUAGUGAAAAAAUAACCAAUCAAAUGAAAACUGGUGGAUUUGGAUGGAUUACUGACCUUACCGAAAUUGAUUCAUAUCUUAUAUUACCAUUCUCAAUAGGACUAAUAAACUUACUACUGGUGGAGAUCCACCAAUCAUUCAAAGUUAUAAGAAGAUCAAGAAGUGAGCAAUGGAGAUGUGCUUUCUUCAGGGUAGUUAGCAUUGGCAUGAUACCAUUGGCUGCUUAUUGUCCUGCUGCAGUCAAUGUUUAUUGGCUAAGUAGUAGUACAUAUGGAUUUCUGCAAGCUUUCCUUCUGAAUUCAUCACCGGUCCGACGGCUUUUCAAAGUGCCCGCAAAUGAUCCAGGGUUGAAACAACCAUAUCGAUAUUUCCUUAAAUAUACAAAAGAGAAACUAAGAUUGGGAAAAGGAGAGACGGCAAUUGUUGCGAAAUAAUGAAUAAGAGCGAUUACGUUAUGCCAGUACCGGGUGACUGCACGAAAUAUCAAGUGUGCGACUACAGUGGCUGCUUCGUAUUCAAUUGCGGCAUCGGCACCGAAUUCAACCCGCGGACCUUGGUGUGCGACUACCCUUUAAGA